AUGAUGAAAGGAAGAGAAGGCAAAGCUUUAGCACAAGCACCACCCUCUGCUGAUCUUUUAGUCUGUUUCCCAUCUCGGGCUCAUCUUACUCUAAUGCCCAAGCCCAUUUGCAGCCCCGCCCGACCCUCAGAGCCCAGCAAACGUCACCACCACAGCCACCACCACCGUAAGAAGUCAUUCUCCAGAGGCGGCGGCGGAGGCCAGGCCAGUCCUUUAUUAUGGGCCAAAACCAAGUCAAUGGGCUCGGAAAUCACGGAACCAACCUCUCCCAAAGUGACGUGCGCUGGUCAGAUCAAGGUCCGGCCCAAAACGACGACGUGUAGAAGCUGGCAAUCGGUGAUGGAAGAGAUAGAGAAGAUCCACAUCGACAAAAAACAGAGGAAGCGUCUCAGCUGGGCUGAGACCCUCGGUUUCAAGAAGGAGAUAAUGCAGUUCCUGACUUGUUUACGAAGCAUAAGGUUCGACUUGAGAUGCUUCGGCUCCUUCUCCGGAACCGAUAUCGCCACUGAAGAAGAAGACGAUGACGACGACGAAGUCGAAGUUGAAGAAGAGGAAAACCACGUGGGCGUGGGAGAAAACGAGAACGAAGCAUCCAGAACUGUCUUCUCCAAAUGGUUCAUGGUGUUGCAAGAGAACCAAAACAACCGGAGAGAAGAGACGGAGGAGAGAGAAAACGACGAUGAAAGCGUGUCUGUGUCGGUUUCGGUCCCUCCUCCGAACGCAUUAUUACUGAUGCGAUGCAGGUCUGCUCCGGCGAAAAGUUGGGUAAGAGAGAGGGAAGGUGGUGAUGUUGAAGAAGAGGAGGAUGUGGAGAGAGAAAAAGGAAAAGAAAAAGGGGAGGUGGUGGUAAAGAAGGGACAGAGUUUAAAGUCAUUGAUGGAGGAAGAGAAGGUAAAGAAAGAGAACGUGGCGGUGAUGCGAUACGACUCCGAUUUUUACGACAUUUCUUCUGAUGUUGCUAAAGAGACGUGGAUUGUUGGCGGCCUCAGAGAUCUCAUGUCAAGGAGUCGAAGUUCUGGAAUUGCGAAAUUGGUAGUUACUAGUGAAGGCAAAUAUUGUAUAGCUCAAGUACGGAAUUCUAAUGCCGAGAUAUGGAUGGUGCAAAGUGCAGACACUUCCUCGUUUCGUACUUUCUUUAGAUUAGGGACAGAAUUUGAGGGUGUUUUCGCCGGGAAGUAUCUUGAUGAUGUAGAGACAGUAGAUGAUCCUGGUUCAGACUCAUACCUCUGUAUGGAUGAGUAA